GCAUUACACAGAGUCUGGCAGCGUGGUCUUGGGCAGGCACACCGUUCCUCUUCUCUGGAAUGCCAUCGACGCAUUGUUACAGUAAGAAAGCAGGGCAAGGCGCUGUCGGCUCGGACCCCGGAAGACGUCAGGUGAACGGAACCUUGGUUCAGUGGCCAGCGAGCGCUCCCGGAGGCUUUUCGUGGGCACUCCCGCCCUAACGACGCGCUCCUCGUUGCUAGGGGCGGAGGCGCGUGGAGCGCUGUGGUUGCGGACGCCCUAUGGUACCGCGCCCCCGCCAGCCUCAGUUUCCCGCCGGCCCAGCCAGCCGGUGGGUCUGGAGCCUGAGAGAUUAGGAAGUGGCCGCCUGAACUAUUUUCCAAAGGAUAAACAUUAUAAAGCAUUGAAUACAGCAGCUCACCAAAAAGAUCCUGUUGGUUUGGGGCAACCAGAACAGGACCAGCAUUAAGGGCUUAGGAGGUGUUUCCUGAAUGAAGGGAACACAACUUCCAGCAGCCGCAAGGAAUGCUGCUGCUCAGGUGCCAUCUGAAAUGAGCUCCUCCUCAGAAGGUUUCAUGUGGGUUCCAUGCCACCAUGGGGAAACUGCAAAGCAAAAUCAAACACAGCACUUACAAAUACAGCAGGCCCGACGGAAUUGUAGCAGAGAGAAUGCCAACUAAAGCCUGUCCAGAGUAUAGCCCAGCUCACACGGAUACUGUCUCUGUUGUUACCACUCUGAACUCGGACCUGUGCAUCUCCGGAGGGAAAGAUAAGACAGUUGUGGCCUAUAAUUGGAGAACUGGAAACGUGGUGAAAAGGUUCAGAGGACAUGAUCGUGAAAUCACCAAGAUAGCCUGUAUUCACAAAUCAAACCAGUUCUUCAGUGCCUCUCGUGACAGGAUGGUCAUGAUGUGGGACUUGCAUGGUUCCUCACAACCAAGGCAGCAGUUCUGUGGCCACGCCAUGGUGGUCACUGGAUUGGCUGUGAGUCCAGACUCAUCACAGCUGUGCACUGGCUCUCGGGACAACACCAUGCUUCUGUGGGAUGUGGGGACUGGACAGUGUGUGGAGAGAGCUUCAGUCUCCAGGAAUCUGGUCACUCACCUGUGCUGGGUCCCCAGAGAACCAUAUAUACUACAGACAUCUGAAGAUAAAACCAUCAGAUUAUGGGACAGUCGGGGACUGCAGGUAGCUCAUAUGUUUUCCACAAAACAGCACAUUCAGACCUACUGCGAGGUCAGUGAGGAUGGACACAAAUGUAUCUCCUGCAGCAACGGCUUUGAAGGGGAAGGCUGUGAAGCCACAUUGUGGGACCUAAGGCAGACACGGAACAGAAUAUGUGAGUAUAAAGGACAUUUCCAGACUGUUGCAUCCUGUGUCUUCCUGCCAAGAGCAUUGGCCUUGACACCUUUAAUUGCUACCUCAUCACAUGACUGCAAAGUGAAGAUUUGGAACCAAGAUACUGGAGCCUGCCUUUUCACCUUGUCUUUGGAUGGAUCAGGACCUUUGACUUCCCUGGCUGUUGGUGACACCAUCUCCUUACUGUGUGCAAGUUUCAGCAGAGGGAUUCACUUACUCCGAGUGGACCGCCGCCGAGGGCUGGAACUGCGAGAAGAGGCAGCAUUCUGAGGCCAAGAGACAUUGACCGGACAAUAUCAAACUGCGGCCCCUCCUUUGUCAGCGUGGCUUUGUUUUUCCAUGUUAUCUUGUGGGGAGGGUGAUGUGGGACUGGUAUUCUUUGCUUAGAUUCACUUAGAAGGUUUAACAGUGUUAGAAAUCAAUUUAAGUCCUGUGGUUCAAAUUCAGGUGUGGAGUUUAGGAAUAUGGACUAAACAUAAGGUUCUCAAUCUAAGUUAAAUACAAAUGGAAUUUUUAGUGAGCUUUUGGGACUCCUUUUCAAGAAAAAGUUUAUGGCUCAAAGUGAUGACCCAUAGGUAAAGGAGUGAUAGGCCUUUCUGUGAGAGUCAGAGCAAAGGGCUUGAGUGUACUGAACUGAUCUAUUCCAUGUCUCCAGAAAAGAAAAAAGUACAUGGGGAGAGAACAUCUGUUCUGGUUCAGAGUUGCCUAGAUGGGAAAGCAUAAUGUGGCUCUGUCGAGGAAGUGGACGGUAGAUGUGAGAUGAAGCUGCAGUCACUAAUCCUCAGCAAUGUGAAGAAUCAGAGCAAGGAGAACAAAAGCCUUGGCUUCAACUCAAAGCAGUAGCAGAGUGGAAGGUGGCCUAUCCCUGCCUGCUCGUGGUCGCUUCCUUGACCAGUGCUGACGCUGCAUGAAAAUAAGACUUGAGGUCACUUGAAAAGGCUAAUAACCACAGGCCCUUGCCCAGAAGUAUAGGAGUUAUCAAAUCUGUGCUGUGGAUAAGAAAAUGGAGAGGUUCCAAGAUUAAGACUAUACAAACUUCAUUUUU